ACGGUUGGGCUGAGAUUCUAAAGAGCGUGUUCUAGGAAGCAAGGAAGUCUCUGGCCAUGCCACCAACUACAGUUAAGGGUGGAGGAAGUCAAGGGCCGUGCGGUUCCUUGGCUGCCACCUGCAGGUGCGUCCUCAGCCAAUCAGUGGGGCCGGGGGCGGUGCCUUUAGGCUCACCUGGCGGCCACAGCCUCUGCCUGGCUCAGUGGAGAGGGGAGCAGCGGUGUGGUCGUGAGCUCUUGGGAAGUUCUGCUAGACUCCAGCCCGGCCUAACCCGUCCCUGCCUGACCGCACCCGAGCUCCGUGUUUGCUCGGCGCCCGCCCGGCCAGCCAUGGGAGCCCCGUGCCGCUGCUUCUCCGCGAUUCUACUUCUGCUGCAGGUCUCAUCGUUGCUCUGCCAGGAGGCAGAACCCGAGCCCUGCCGUCCCGGCUUCAGUGCCGAGGUCUACACGUUCCGGGUGCCGGGGAGGCACCUGGAGAGAGGCCGCGCCCUGGGCAGAGUGAGAUUUGAAGGGUGCACUGGUCGGCCAAGGACAGCCUACUUUUCUGAGGACUCCAAAUUCAAAGUGGCUCCCGACGGUGCCAUCACGCUCAAGCGCCCUCUAAACCUUCAUAAACUAGAGACCAGCUUUCUUGUCCAUGCCUGGGAUUCUACUCACAAGAAGUUUUCUGCCAAAGUGGUACUGAAGUCUGUGAAGCACCACCAACACCGGCACCACCACCAUGAGCCUGUCUCUGGAUCCGAGCCGGAAGUGCUCCUGUUUCCCAGCUCUCACCAGGGUCCCAGGAGACAGAAACGAGACUGGGUCAUCCCCCCCAUCAGCUGCCCAGAAAAUGAGAAGGGCCCGUUUCCUAAAAAUCUGGUUCAGAUCAAAUCCAACAGGGACAAAGAAACCACGGUUUUCUACAGCAUCACUGGCCAAGGAGCUGACAGACCUCCUGUUGGUGUGUUUACCAUCGAGAGAGAAUCAGGCUGGCUGAAAGUGAUGGAGCCUCUGGAUAGAGAAAAUAUCGCCACUUACACCCUCUUCUCCCAUGCUGUGUCGUCAAAUGGGGAGGCAGUGGAGGAUCCCAUGGAGAUUGUGGUCACAGUGACCGAUCAGAAUGACAACAAGCCGGAGUUCAUCAAGGAGGUCUUUGAGGGAACUGUCGAAGAGGGCGCUCGUCCAGGGACCUCUGUGAUGCAGGUCUCAGCCACUGACGCGGACGACGAUGUCAACACCUACAAUGCGGCCAUUGCCUAUACCAUCAUCAGCCAAGAACCCGAGCUGCCUCACAAAAACAUGUUCACUGUUAAUAGAGACACAGGGGUUAUCAGUGUGGUCACCUCCGGACUGGACCGAGAGAGUUACCCUACAUACACCCUGGUAGUUCAAGCCGCUGACCUUCAAGGCGAAGGCUUAAGCACAACAGCAAGGGCUGUGGUCACUGUCACCGACGUUAACGACAACGCUCCCAUCUUCAACCCAAGCACGUACGUGGGUCAAGUGGAUGAGAAUGAGGAAAAUGCAUAUAUUGCCACACUCAAAGUAACUGACGACGAUGCACCCCAUACUCCAGCGUGGCAGGCCGUGUACACUAUAGACAAUGAUCCUGACCAUCAGUUUGUUGUUAUCACAGACCCCACAACCAAUGAUGGCAUUCUGAAAACAGCCAAGGGCUUGGAUUUCGAAGUCAAGCAGCAGUACAUUCUACGUGUGACAGUGGCCAAUGCGGUCAAGUUUGAGGGAACUUUUGUUCCUUCCACAGCCACUGUCACUGUGGAUGUGGUGGAUGUGAAUGAAGCCCCCAUUUUUGUGCCGGCCGAGAAGAGAGUAGAAGUGCCCGAAGACUUCGGUGUGGGUCAGGAAAUUACAUCCUACACUGCCCGAGAGCCAGACAUAUUCAUGAAUCAGAAGAUUACGUAUCGGAUUCUGAGGGACACUGCCAAGUGGUUGGAGAUUAACCCGGAGACUGGCGCCAUUUCCACCCGGGCUGAGAUGGACAGAGAGGACGUGGAGAACGUGAAGAACAGCACGUAUACAGCUCUCAUCAUCGCUACAGAUAAUGGUUCCCCCGCUGCCACUGGCACAGGGACUCUGCUCUUGGUCCUAUCUGACAUCAAUGACAACGCUCCCAUCCCAGACCCUCGAAGCAUGCAAUUCUGCCAGAGGAACCCACAGCCCCACGUCAUCAACAUCAUCGAUCCAGACCUGCCCCCCAAUACCUUCCCCUUCACUGCUGAACUCACCCACGGGGCCAGUGUCAACUGGACCAUCGAGUACAACGACCCAGGCCAGGAAUCUCUCCUAUUGAAGCCAAAGAAGGCCUUAGAAUUAGGUGACUACAAAAUCAACCUCAAGCUCAUGGAUCACCAGAACAAAGACCAGGUGACCACACUGGACAUCCUUGUGUGUGACUGUGAAGGGGCUGUCAACAACUGCAUGAGGUCGGGCUACGUGGAAGCAGGAUUGCAAGUUCCUGCCAUCCUUGGCAUUCUUGGAGGGAUCCUGGCUUUGCUGAUUCUGAUCCUGCUGCUCCUACUGUUUCUACGGAGGAGAACAGUGGUCAAAGAGCCCCUGCUGCCCCCAGAGGACGACACCCGGGACAAUGUGUAUUACUAUGAUGAAGAAGGAGGUGGAGAAGAGGACCAGGACUUCGAUUUGAGCCAGUUGCAUAGGGGCCUGGACGCCCGACCUGAAGUGAUUCGAAAUGAUGUGGCUCCCAGCCACCUGAGCAUGCCCCAGUAUCGUCCCCGACCUGCCAAUCCUGAUGAAAUCGGGAACUUCAUCGAUGAGAAUCUGAAGGCAGCUGACAGCGACCCCACGGCACCCCCUUACGACUCUCUGUUGGUGUUUGACUAUGAGGGGAGUGGUUCCGAAGCUGCUAGCCUGAGCUCACUUAACUCCUCUGAGUCGGAUCAGGACCAGGACUACGACUAUCUGAACGAGUGGGGCAAUCGCUUCAAGAAGCUGGCUGAUAUGUACGGUGGCGGCGAGGAUGACUAGGGACUAGAGAGGAGCCCCUGGGUGGAGCCAUGGAAAAUGCAGAAUAAUGUUGCCAGUGGCCUUUCAGCUCCUUCCCCAAGUUUGUAAAAGAGAGACUGACUUGAGAUGCAGUUUGCAUAGUGGCCUCAGUCUACCAGUCUACUGUGUUAGAAUGGUUGUCAUUUGUUCUUGAAAUCAGUUUUUUAUUUUUACAGGGCUGGGAUUUGAACUCUGCCACUGAGUCACAGGCCCACCCUCUCCUUAUUUUAAAUUUUAUCUCCUUUUCCAUGGAUGGGAUGAAUAUGGGGCUUUACAGUGAGAGGCAAGUCCUCUUGUCACCGACCCAUUGCCCCAGUUCAAUGUUUUUUAUUUCAGAAUGACAAUUCGAGCCUCAGAAGGGUCAGCCAGCACUGACAGUUUUCCUUUAUGUGUAAGAGAUGGGGAGAGGGUCUGCCCCAUUUCUCUUUCAUUGUGUAUAGGAAAUAUUUGUUUUUGUUUUUGAGCUAGCGA